UGUAUUUUUUUAUAUAGUUAAUUCUUAGAAUUUUAACAUGCUAUUGAAGCAGCUAAAGUCAUAUUUACUAUGCAUCUGCGCGGCUCUGUUAAGCUUUAGUGCAAGGUCAGUGUAUGGCGCCUGCGGAGCCAUCCAAUUCGAGUGUGAUAACGGCAGCUGCAUUUCGAAAUUCGAGGUAUGCGACGGAACCAAGAACUGCCCAGAUGGAUCGGACGAAACGGGCCUCAUCUGUGUGUCGCAGCGAAAUCAGUGCACUAAACCCUACUUCGCGUGCAGUUACGGCGCAUGCGUGAUCGGCACGGCACCCUGCAAUGGCAUUGUUGAGUGUGUCGAUGGCUCGGACGAGACGGUUAUGCUCUGCGGCUCAAGUGACGACAAGCGACAGCUUGAGUCAAAAUUGAGGCAAAACUGCAAGGACGAGGAGAUGAAGUGCCCCAAUGGCAUAUGCCUUGAGAAGAGCAUGUAUCUGUGUAAUGGCUACGACGACUGUGGUGGCGGCUAUGACGAGUCGGUCGAGUUUUGCGGACACAUCGAGUGCCCGGGCUAUGCCUUUAAAUGUGCCAGCGGCGGCUGCAUCGCCGGCGAUCUUACUUGCAAUGGCAAAGCAGAUUGCUUCGACAAUUCCGACGAGGCGCCGCUGCUCUGCAACACCUCAUCAGUAACGACCCAGCCAACGCUCGUACUGCCCACGGACCUGACCGGUUGCCCAUUGCCUCAGGGCGAUGAGCAGCCCAUAUUGAAGGAUAAGUACGGCACUUAUCUAAAGCCGCCUAUUAUCAGGGAAACGGUCUUCUUCUCCUGCAAGCCCGGAUACGUUUUGGAGGGCGCGGACAAGAGCCGUUGUGCUAAUCAUCAGUGGAGCCUCGACGUGGUGCCGAAAUGCGUGAAAUAUUGCGACACUUGGCGAGACUCUGAGGGCCGCUCCAAGAACCUGCUCUAUGGGUACUCGACUUACCCCACUUGCACAUAUGAGGGACAAGCGGUCAACUGCACCGCACGCUACCAUCCGCCUGGCACCGAGGUGACUUUCAUCUGCGCUACCGGCUUCAGAUCGAGCAGCAUACUGACACUGCCGCCUAUGAAGUGCUUGGCCGGCGGCUACUGGAGUCGUCAGCGCGUACCCUGCGCUCGGGAGUGUGGCCUGAUUGCGACACCUAUCAAACAGUUCUCAGCCAACGGAUAUUCUAUCAACAACACGGUGGUGCCAUGGCACGUCGGCAUUUACGUCUGGCACAACGAGAAGGACUACAAUUUCGUCUGUGGUGGCUCCCUGCUCACCCCCGACCUGGUGAUCACGGCUGCCCACUGUGUGUACAGCGAGGUGACCAGGCAUAUUUACAAUGUUGACACGUUUCGUGUGGUUGCCGCCAAGCUGUACAGAGGCUACAAUGAUGUCACCAAUGAGGAUAAGAGGCGGGACGUUGAGUCGAUUAUGGUUGCUCCUGAAUAUAAGGGCCGGGAAGAUAAUUACAAAAACGAUAUAGCCCUGAUCAUGCUGAGCGAGCCAUACAAGCUGAGCAAUGUCAUUCGACCGGUGUGUGUGGAGUUCUUCAGAUUUGCCGAAAAGGAGACCAUCAAUAACGACGUGCAGGGCCAGUUUGCUGGCUGGAAUUUUAAGGACAAGCGCGAGCUGCAGUUUGUACCAGCUAAAUCGCAAAUGAACUCCGUAUGCCAGGCCAGUCUGUAUGACAUUAGUCCUGAUAAGUUCUGCAUGUAUACCCAGGGUAGAUCCCUGGCCUGCCACGGCGACAGCGGAGGCGGAUUCACGGCAAAGCGAGAGAUGCUCGAAGACGCUCGACAGACGUUCUCACGCGAUCGGUUCCGCCACUACCUGUACGGCGUCAUCAGUAGUGCUCCAAAUGCCGGACAGUGUGCCGAGAGCCUGACAACACUGACAAAUAUCCAACACUUUGAAAGCAUGAUUAAAACAGCCAUGCAGAAGAGUUUUGAUGUCUACGCUUAGUCCUGAACUCAUUGAGCUUAGAUAUUAAACAAGUAAGAAGACUC